UCUGACAGGACCAGAUCUCGAACCAGACACAUCAUGACGGAGGAAAAUCACAUCUCCGUGUGGGUUUGCCGCGUAGAGAAGCUUGUGUUGGGCUUGUCCAAGAGAACCAGCUGUGCAGAUGUGAUCCGGGUCCUUCUGAAGGAUCAGAACCCAGAGAUGGGACUUUCUCACACGCCUCAGUCCUACUGCAUUGUGGAGAAAUGGAGGGGCUUUGAGAGGGUUCUGCCAAACAAGACCAAAAUCUGGCGACUAUGGCUCGCAUGGGGACAAGAGCAGAAAAAUGUAAAGUUUGUACAAGUGAAGUGCGAUGCGUCCUUCUCCAGUCACGCUCCCCGAAGCGCAGAGGCGCGCGUGGUACGCAGCAAGCAGAGCCCGUGUGUUACCAGUGGGUCCAUACGUGACCCGGUGGGAGUCUGUCCGGAGAACCAGCGGCGCAUUGUCAGAAAGGCCUUCAGAAAACUGGAGAAAAUCAACAAGAGGCGCGCGCGUAAGGACGCAUCGUGUGCAGAAAGAAUGGAGACGUUGGUGCACGUGGUCCUCUCCCAGGACCACACCAUCCGACAGCAGGUGCAAAGACUCGCGGAACUGGAUGCAGAAAUAGAGCUGCGCGAGGCAAAAGUGCACCUGGAGCGGGUUCAGCGGCACGGGGCUAACUACCUUCAGGAAACAUACCUGAGCGGUGACGCAGCGUGCGUCAAAACAGAGACGUUUUGCUCAACGAAAAUUAAGCAGUUUGAAGACUACUUAACAACAUGUGAGGCUCUCGUGCGGCUACAUGAGGAGAUCAGUGAACACGAAACUCAGAUUGACCGGCUGACCGCUCAGAUCCAGGUGGAGCUGCACCUGCACUGGAUGAAACGGAAGCAGCAGCAGGUGACCCCAAGGGUCAGCCUAUGCGAGUCGAGUCCGCAGUCAAGCCUCAUUCACGAAAGUCAACUGCUGCUAGAAGAGGAGCGGAUCAAAACUCAACUGGAAGCCAGCUGGUACAUUGGCCUGCGCCUGGAGACAGACUUGGAGUCUGUUCAGGACGAUUUAGAACUGUCCGGGGACAUUUGUGCAGCAAAAACGAAGGAGAUAAGAGAUUUACUACAGAAAGUGGACCUAGCAGAUGUGCAAAACACCGAGGGAGGAGGAAUAGCUACGGUGGUCAGUUUGGGCAGUCAGACGGAGUGGGUGGAGCAAGCCAGGGGACUCUCCAAGGCGCACGACAUAAACGACAACGACUCAGAUACGGGCCUGAGCUCCUUGCACAGCCAGGACUCAGACCAGGCUCAGUGGGAGGCCGUUGUGUAGUCAGCAGUCUUAUGGUUAGAAGGAACAACACUGCACUUAGGCUAAUAGUAUUUGAUUUUGUACAUCUAGGCUAGGAACAAAUAAACCACUUUAUAAUAUAAACGUUAAACGUGUCGAUGUUUCCUAAUUUAAACUACAUUGGUUUACUUUGUGAGGCCUGUCAUUUCAAUACUGGCGCUACAGUUAACCACAUCUGUCUGACCAAAUGUAUAUGACUGAAGUGAAGCGGAAAAACGACGGCAAUGAACUACAGUAGAAGAGACACCUUAUCUGGACCUCCCUUGAGACAUAAACAUAGCUUCUAUUACAAUAACCACAUUUAUUAAAUUACAUUGGAUCUUGCAAUUUGCAUCCACCAUGUUGUUUAUAAUUAUGUGAAAACCACAACCGUAUAUAUUACAGUCUUUUAUGUAGUUCUCUAAUUACUGUAUUGAAAAUGGGUAUAACGCUGUUUCUCAGUAUAUACUAUGACAGAAACUGAAGGCUCUGUAUACAUGUCUGGCAUCACAUAAAAGACCACGCCAUGGUUCCCAAGUGUACUGAGUUACAACAGUUGUGUGAUAUUGUUUUCAGUCACAGCCGCUUCAAACACAAUCAGUGUUACUAUGAGUCUGUUCACUCAAGUGUCAAGUUUUUAUGAUGUACCCAGGACACAUACAGGACAAGAUCCAAUCUUGCAUCAGAAUCACCAAAAAUUUUAACAUUUUAUUUUGAAACUUUUAACUUAACUUGAUGCCUCUUUCACUAUACCAACAAUUAAGUCUAUAUAUAUUUGCACAACAAUUUAAGUUGUAUUGUUUUAUCUGUGUAGCUAAACUGCAGCCUGGGGCCCGGGCCUGGGUUUUAGGGUUUUAAAGAUUUGAUUUCCAACUACUUCAUAGAAAACUCUUUUGGAGGAAGAUAAUGGAUAUCUGUGGAUCUAUUACUAUUCUCAAAGAGACUGCAGUCAAAGCAGGACAUUGCCCUGUGAGAUUUGUACUCUACCCUCUCAUGUGGUCAUCUUUUCUUCUGACAUUUUGUCACUGUAGAAAGCAUUAAUUGUUGUGACCUGGUAAAGAAAAGAAAGAUCCAAUUCUGUCGCAUGCAGCUGGGGAUCAGUGGAUUCUCUCAGGACCAAAUGAACACAUUCCUGUUCUUUUGUCUCUGGAACACUGUGAAGUGUUUCCCAUGUGAAACCAAAUGUCAAUUUGUGAUUAUGUAGGGUUUCCAACACUCUUCAGCCUCUCAACAG